GCAGUACUAGAUUGAAAAGUCCAACCGAACCUCUUCAACUACUCUCGCUUCCUUCCCAAUCCCUUUAUUCCUUCUUCAUCUUCUGUUCCUCAAGAAAAUCUUCACUGAACGUAAGGGAUCGACAGAAGUAUGGAUCGAGAGCAAGAAGAGAUGCAGUUCCUCGGCCUCUUCGGCAUCUACAAAGAGUCCUACAAGGUCAUCUUCUCAUGGAGGAAGAUCUUCAGCCAAAUCACCUUGGCCUUGGUCCUCCCCCUCGCCUUCGUCUUCCUCCUCCACAUCCAAGUCUCCGAUGUCCUCUUCUCGAAGAUUAUCUACAACGAGAUCGAGCUCGACGAGACCCGCCCCGAGACCGCCCGCUACGACAAGAUCUCCGGCAUCCUCUCCAAGGAGUGGGCCGUCUUCCUGCUCUUCAAGGCCCUCUACUUCACCGUCCUGCUCGUGUUCUCCCUCCUCUCGACCUCGGCCGUUGUCUACACCAUCGCGUGCAUCUACACCGGCCGCGAGGUCGCGUUCAGGAAGGUCAUGAGCGUGGUCCCCAAGGUCUGGAGGCGGCUGAUGGUCACCUUCUUGUGCAUCUUCGUGGCCAUGUUCGGGUACAACGUGGUCGCCGUGCUGGUCCUGGUCACCUGUGCAAUCUCCAUCGGCAACACGAACUUCGGCAUCGUGAUCUUUGCCCUCCUAGGGAUCGCUUACUUGGUCGGGUUCGUGUACAUGACCAUAGUGUGGCAAUUGGCGAGCGUGGUCUCCGUUCUGGAGGAAGAUUACGGGGUCAAGGCCAUGAUCAAGAGCAAGGGCCUGAUAAAGGGCAAGAUGGGUGUGUCCAUAAUCAUAUUCUUGAAGCUCAACAUAUAUCUUCAUCUGAUUCAAUUCGCGUUCGAGAGGUUGGUCGUUCAUGGGCCCUCGACAGGGACGUUAGGUAGGUUUGGCUAUGGAGCUCUGUGUUUCUUGCUACUCUCGAUGCUGAUGCUAUUCGGGCUUGUCGUCCAAACGGUGAUCUACUUCGUCUGCAAGUCGUACCACCAUGAGAACAUCGACAAGUCGGCGCUGUCGGAUCAUCUCGAAGUCUAUCUCGGAGAGUAUGUUCCUCUCAAAUCCAAGGAUGUUCAGCUUGAGCAAUACAACGUUUGAUUCAUAGUUGUGUUUCUAUAUCUUUUUUCCCUUUUUUUUUUUUUUCGUGGGAGGAGACAUUUAGAUACUUGAUAUCUUAUGCACUAUAAAAAUUUCAAAGUGAAAAUAAAAUUCUGUAACUUUUUUUAUCCAUUGGCAAAUGGCUAAGUUAGAUAUAUGUUCUUAAUUUCUUGUAUAAAUAUGCGAUAAUUAAGCCGGUCGUCGAUUGAUUUUUUGUUCCUA